CUCUCUUUCAUUAUUUCUGUUCCUAUUGCCUGUUGCCUAGUAUUGUGUGAUGGCCUUAAUAGAGUACAGUGAAAAAGAACAACUGGAUGGUCCGUGCAUGUGUAUACUUUGUGUAUGAAUGUGUGCGUGUACAAACAUUUCAGUUAUUCAGUGAUUACAUUACGUUGCAUAUUGAACAAGUUAUUAGUGAUUAGUUUAGUUCAUUUCGACCUUCGAUACCGUAAUGUGUGAAAAAUAGACGUUAAUAGCGAUCGAAUCGGUCUUGGUGAAUUAGGAGAUCGGGAGUGGGUGUCAGAAAUAAAAAGACGUAUGAAAAUUAUUUAUAUGUUCUUCUAAUUGAAAACGAAGUGAAUUAAAGGAAGAAUAUAUAGUACCGAAUUUCAAAAGAACAUAGAUAUUUAAAAAAUAUCUAAUUACACAAUUACGUUUGAGAGUGUUGACAUAUGAUCGAUUUUUAUGCAAUUUUUAAUAAAUUUUGUUGAUAUUAAUUAAUAUCUCAUUUUUUACCGAUUUCGCGUAUUAUGUGUACUUCUGUGAAAAACAAGGAUUCUCCACAAUGUCAGGAUACAUUGCAGCAUGUGAAAAAGUUAUGCUGGGAUCUCUUACGAUGUAUAAUCGUGCAACUACAUUUUCUUUUUGAUAGUAUCAUAGACUUUGCCUUUAGCAUAUAUUACGAUAAGAAAGCAAAGAAGGUGCCACCAGUAAAAAAUAAACUGCUACUAGAAAGUGCCGUUUCUCUAGCAGAGAAGAUUAGGACAAAAAAGAUUACAUCAGAGGAGAUUGUGAAGGCUUAUAUUGAGAGAUGCAAGGAGAUAAAUAGUUUAAUAAAUGCAAUUGUGGAAACUAGAUAUUUAGAUGCAAUUGAAGAGGCAAAAGGAGUAGAUGCCAUGAUAGAACAAAAUAUAGAUUUGGAGAAAAUAAAAAUAACACAGCCGUUCUUAGGAGUACCUUUUACCACUAAAGAAAGCAAUCGAGUUAAAGGUUUAGUUCAUUCGAUGGGCUUGCUCUGUCGUCGUAAUCAUCGUGCAGAAGAGGAUGCCACAGCAGUUCGUUAUCUCAAAGAAGCUGGUGGGAUUUUAAUUGCCACUACUAAUGUCCCUGAACUCAAUUUAUGGUGUGAAUCUAGAAAUAAUCUAUAUGGACAGACAAAUAAUCCUUAUAAUAUCACUAGAACGGUCGGAGGUAGCAGUGGCGGAGAGGGAGCAAUAUUAACCGCGAGUGGUGCUCCAUUCUCCAUUACUAGUGAUAUAGGAGGUUCCACGAGAAUGCCUGCGUUCUUUAAUGGAUUGUUUGGUCACAAGCCCAGUGAAGGAUUGACUCCAAUGGCUGGAAUCGGAUUGCGUGAGAAAGAUUAUCCAGAUACUAUAGCGGCAGUUGGACCGCUUUGUAGGAAGACUGAAGAUUUGACACCCUUUUUGAAAGUAUUAAUCGGUCCUAAUGUGACUAAAUUAAAGCUGGAUGAAGUGGUGAAUGUAAAAAAUUUGAAAGUGUUUUAUCAAGAGAGUUCUGGCGAUUUGAAAACGAGCAAAGUAAAUAGAACCAUGCGAGCUACAUUAAUGAAGGCGGUGCUACAUUUCAAAGAAUUAACAGGUUCUGCAACAAAGAUCAAAAUACCAGGUUCCGAGCAUAGUUUAAAAUUGUGGAGAUAUUGUAUGAGUUGCGAGGACGUUAAUUUCAAGCUAAACAUAACGGAUCGAAAAUAUGUCGCCAGCGCAUGUGGAGAAAUUUACAAUUUACUCACUGGAAACUCACAGUUAACGUUUGCUGCUAUUAUGAAAUUAAUAGAGGAAGAUUUCUUACCGCGAGAAAAUACCGAAUGGGCAAAAAAUGUCCUUGUAAAAGCAAAACAAUUUUUGGCGGAGAAAUUGGGCGACAACGGCGUAUUAUUUUAUCCUUCAGCACCAUUUCCCGCUAGCUAUCAUUAUUCCGCAUUUCUGAGACCUUUUAACUUUGUCUACUGGGGUUUGUUUAAUGCUUUGCGGUUUCCAACUUGUCAAGUGCCACUGGGCUUGGACGAAGAGGGCUUACCAGUUGGUAUUCAGGUGGUAGCAGCUCCAUAUAAUGAUCAUCUAUGUUUUGCGGUGGCUAAGGAACUUGAAGCAGCAUUUGGUGGUUGGGUUCCACCAUCAUGAAUUAAGUGUAAGGUAUAUGUUUUUUAUUAAAGGGAUUAUGUUAAGUUAUACGAGAGCUGAUAAAAAAAUAUCGACAAUUUUCAUUUUUAUGAAUAAGUUAUUUAUUCAUUAAUAUCUAUUGUCCUUUUUAAAGUAAUCUCUAAGAGGUAUAAUGUACUUAUGGUAUAGUUUUUAGCUGACUCAGCGAUUUUGAUUCUCUUUUAUAGUUGCAAAACAUUGGCUUUUUAAUGUUCUCUUAAUUAUUGGGAACAGCAAAAAUCACGGGACCUGCAUAUAGGAUGGGUAUGAAUGUGACACCAUGGUAUUGUUUUUUGCUAAAAAUUCACGAAUAAAAAAUGAAGUGUGAGCAAGCGCGUUGUCGUGAUGCAAAAUCCAUGAAUUGUUUUACCGUUGCGUUAUUAAAAAUUGCUUCACACGACCUGUAUGAGAUACCAACUUCCUCAGCAAUCUCUUUUAUAAUGAUUCUGCGAUUACUAAGCACAAUGUUUUCAAGUUUUUCCAAAUUUUUAUCAGUUGAUGUACUUGAGCGUCCAGCUCUUUUGUCAUCUUCAACUUCUUCACAGUUUUCUUGGAAACAUUAGUAUCAAUUAUAAACCCUUGGUUACGACAAAAUAUCUUUGUCAAAAACUCUCUUCAAUAUUUUAAUCACUUCAUUACACUUUAUUCAAUUUUUAAUGCAAAUCCUUUGUUUUGUUAUUUUCAAAAUUUAAAAAUUGCCGAUUACAUGAUAUGCGUGUAAUCUUACUUCUUUACAUGUUUAAACUAUGGAUCCAAUAUAUGGCUGAGAAUUAAGAUAUACAUUAUAAACAGUGUUGUCAUCACGAGAAAAAAAACAAAUUUAAUUGAAAAGAAUGCGCAAAAUUAAAAAAAUUCUCGUUAUUUUUUUAUCAGACUAUAAUUGAUUAUUGCAUUCACAAGGACCAUUUAUAUAGAUCAGGAAACAAUAAAUAAUAUAUAGAAUGUCCCGCACUAUCUGCUAAUAGCAGAUUUCUGAAGUUUAGAAACGAAAAUUCCAAUAACAAAGUAUUGAGAUUACAAUAGUCUUUAAAUACAGAGAAAGGUUGUUACUAUUGAUUAACUAAAACAACUUUUUAGUUUUUUUUUUUAACUAAACAUUGGACUGUAUUAAUACUGAUAGUAACAUGAUUUACUUAGAUAAUUAGAUAAGCAAAAAUCAAAUUUAUAACUUUUCUAUAUAAAAUUUGUUAAAAUCAAAUUUUUUUAAUGCAAGAAUAAAAGAAAGAGGAUUAAUAGGGGCCAAACUAUGUUCGAUAUCAGUCAAAACUCAGAGUCGAUUGAAAGGAUCGAAGUAUAUCCAGGCCCAAAACAUUGAUUUCACAAGUAUCGCACAAUUUUGUUUAGGAAGCCGAAUUUUGUUUUGGCCCUCGUCCUUUGCAUAAUUUUCUUUUGUAAAUUGCAUAAAUUUAAAUUACAUUUAAAUAAAAGUGAGUAUCGAUAAUAUUAAAUCAUCUUAUGUGUUUAUACUUAUACUGUGUUCCGUGAGAGAGUAAGUUUAGAGUAGAUGAGUUUUUGUUCGAUUCACGCAAGAGUGAUUCUCAUCACACAAUCUUACUUGUGCUACUUGUCAAUGCCAACAACGGAUGACGCAAGGCCACCGGAAUAACGCAAUAUUUGGCAUGUCGAUAAUUAUUAAAAUAUUUGUCUGAAGACACAAUUUUUUUUAGUAAUAAUUUAAAAAAAAUGAUAAUUUGUAUUUUUUCCGAAAAAACGAAAUUAUUAUUAAGAGAAUCAUAUGUAGAUAUCUUUAUCCGAGCUAGAAAAUGCUACAACUAUGUCAUUUACAUGCCUCGAUAGACUUUUUAUGCCUUCUUCAAGAUGUAUUUCUAUGAUUUUUUUUGAAAAAAUUUUUUUCUCCUUUAAACCGCCCCAGCGCCGUUUGAUGAGCAGUUUAGGAACUAUGCAUUUCCUGCAUCUUUUUUUUGUGUAGAUUAAGAUACUAUGGCCGGUAUUCAUAGUCGGAUCUUAUAUUUAAGAUCAUCUUAAGUACUGUCUUAAGAUGCCAUCAACCAGAGCCGUAUUAGCAUCUUAAGACAUUGCUUGAGACGAUCUUGAAAUAAGAUUUGACUAUGAAUACCGGCCUAUGUUUCGUUUUUGAGCGCUCUGAGCCCAAAACUCUUUUAUAGUUUUUGGCAUAGUUCUUUUAUAGGAGAAGAAUGUGAAAUUUAAUGGGUUCUUUAAAAGUUAAUGAGAUAAUAGUCUGAGGCGCGCCAUAUGUAAAACAUUAAUGUAAGUAAUACGUAAACGCUCUUUCCACUUUACUCUAUUUAUGCGUCUUCCGAACCUAACCUAACCUAACCUAACUUAACCUAAUCUAACCUACUCUCGUUAAAUACAGUAUAAAACUAUUUUGAAUAUAUUUUUCUCUUUUUACUUUUCUUAUAAUGCGAUAUGAAACAAAAUUAUAAAGCGUAACCUGGUACAUUUUUUUGUUACUGAGGCUUGAUCAUAAAUGUGUGGUCUGUUCUUUUCAUGACAUUUUAUUUCAAAUACGGGGUUUGUGUCACUGCUCUAGUUUACACCGAGCACUUGGUACGCGUAUCAAGUAGUGAAUUUAAGCUGAUCAGCCAAUGAUUAAACACAUUCACUAGUUAUUUAUUAUUUAAUACACGUACCAAGUGCUCGAUGUAAACUAGGGCCAUUAUACUAUCUGAUAUAAAUUAGUCAAGAAGUUUUUAGUUUACAUUUAUGUUUUCCAAAUUUUAUUUUUAGCUUUGUUUAAGAAAUACUAUUCAAAAACACAGUAUGCCAGUAUUGAUAACCUUUCUUUGUAUUUAAGUACGGCUUAUCAAAUCAUAUAGAGAUACUUUAUUAUAUAACAAUUAGGCUGUGGGAAUGUAGAAGCGUUAUCGCAAAUAUUAUCGAUAUAUGUUUCUUAAUAUAUGAAGAUAAAUUAUGUAAUAGGUUAAUUUUGAUAUACAUACCGUACAUAUUAAAAACUUAAUUUGUCAAAUAUUAUUAUUUAAGAUAAAUAAAUUAUACAUAUAAUAGUUAUUCAUGGGUGAGACAAUUAAACUGAACAAAGAAUAUAAAAAUUA